GCGAUGCGCCGGCCUCGGCUGACUGAGGGCUCCUGAAGCGCCCCCCCCGCGUCCCCUGCAUCGCCCCCCCGGCGGAAAAUCGGGAUUUGAACCCUCCCCGCGUGGAGAUCGAGGCCGGGGCUGCGAUCGGGGGGGGUCCGGCCCCCCCCAGGAGGGCGAGCGGGGGCUGCGGUCGAGGGAGGUUCGGGGCGGCCCCCCCGGACAGACAGACGGACAUGGGGCGUUUUCUCUUCUACCGGCAGUUCUCACCCCCCCGCUUGCAAAAUGCGGGGCGCUGACGCCUGAGCCCCCCUCGCUGCGCCCCCCGCGCGUCUCGCCGCUGCCCGGAUUGCGGACUUGGGGGGCCCCGAGCGGGCAGGGGGGGCCGCAGGCAGCCAGAGCGGGGGGCCCCCGCGCCGAUCACGGAUUCCGUGGCAGCCGGGGCCGCGGCGACGUUCCCCAUGAGGAGGGUGGAAGAUGCCGACGUCGCCCGCGCUGCUGCUGCUGCUGCUGAUCGUCAGCUUCGCCCGCCUGAGCCUGCAGGUGCUGUCGUCACUGCGCAUGGCUGCGAUCCUGGACGAUCAGACAGUGUGUGGGCGCGGGGAGCGCCUGGCCCUGGCCCUGGCCCGGGAGCAGAUCAACAGCAUCAUCGAGGUGCCGGCUAAGGCCCGCGUGGAGGUCGAGAUCUUCGAACUGCAGCGCGACAGCCAGUACGAGACCACUGACACCAUGUGCCAGAUCCUGCCCAAAGGGGUGGUGUCGGUUCUGGGGCCAGCUGCGAGUCCCGCCUCGGCCGCCACUGUCAGCCACAUCUGUGGGGAGAAGGAGAUCCCCCACGUGAAGGUGGGCCCCGAGGAGACCCCCCGGCUGCAGUAUCUUCGCUUCGCCUCCGUCAGCCUCUAUCCCAGCAACGAGGACCUGAGCCUGGCCCUGGCCCGGAUCCUGCAGUCGUUCAACUCGCCCUCGGCCAGCCUGCUCUGCGCCCAGGCCGAGUGUCUGCUGCGAUUGGAGGAGCUCGUGCGCCAGUUCCUCAUCUCCAAGGAGACGCUGUCGAUCCGGAUGCUGGACGACGCCCACGACCCGACGCCGCUGCUCAAGGAGAUUCGGGACGACAAGAUCUCGACCAUCAUCGUCGACGCCAACGCCUCCCUCUCCUACCUCGUCCUCAAGAAGGCCUCCGAGCUGGGCAUGACCUCGGCCUUCUACAAAUACAUCCUGACCACCCUGGAUUUCCCCAGCCUGCGGCUGGACGACGUGGUGGCCGAUCACACCAGGGUCCUGGGCUUCUCCGUCCUCAACACCAGCCACCGCUUCUACCCCGAGUUCGUCCGCAGCCUCAACAUGUCCUGGCGGGAGACCUGCGAGCGCAGCCCCUUCCCCGGCCCCACGCUCUCGGCGGCGCUGCUCUUCGACGCGGUGCACGUGGUGGUGGGGGCCGUGCGGGAGCUGAACCGGAGCCAGGAGAUCGGGGUCCGGCCGCUGGCCUGCGCCUCCGCCGGCAUCUGGCAGCACGGCACCAGCCUCAUGAAUUACCUGCGCAUGGUCGAGUACGAGGGGCUGACGGGUCACGUGGAGUUUAACAGCAAAGGGCAGCGAACCAACUACACCCUGCGCAUCCUGGAGAAGGCGCCGGACGGGCACCGCGAGAUCGGCGUGUGGUACUCGAACAGGACGCUGGCCAUGAACGCCACCACGCUGGCCAUGGACGUCUCCGAGAGCCUGGCGAACAAGACCCUCAUUGUCACCACCAUCCUGGAGAACCCCUACGUGAUGCGCAGGGCGGGGGCCCAGGCCCCGGGGGGCGCCGGGGAGCAGUACGAGGGGUUCUGCGUCGACAUGCUGCACGAGCUCGCCGGGAUCCUCAAAUUCCGCUUCCAGCUGCGGCUGGUGGAGGACGGGCUGUACGGGGCGCCCGAGGCCAACGGCUCCUGGACCGGCAUGGUGGGCGAGCUCAUCGACCGGAAGGCCGACCUGGCGGUAGCUGCCUUCACCAUCACGGCGGAGCGGGAGAAAGUGAUCGACUUCUCCAAACCCUUCAUGACGCUGGGGAUCAGCAUCCUGUACCGGGUGCACAUGGGCCGCAGACCCGGUUACUUCUCCUUCCUGGACCCCUUCUCGCCGGCCGUGUGGCUCUUCAUGCUCCUGGCCUACGUGGCCGUCAGCUGCGUCCUCUUCCUGGCCGCCCGGCUGAGCCCCUACGAGUGGUACAACCCCCACCCCUGCCUGCGGGGCCCCCACGUGCUGGAGAACCAGUACAGCCUCGGCAACAGCCUCUGGUUCCCCAUCGGGGGCUUCAUGCAGCAGGGCUCCGAGGUGCUGCCCCGGGCCCUGUCCACGCGCUGCGUCAGCGGGGUCUGGUGGGCCUUCACGCUGAUCAUCAUCUCGUCCUACACGGCCAACCUGGCCGCCUUCCUCACGGUGCAGCGCAUGGAGGUGCCGGUGGAGUCGGCCGACGACCUGGCCGACCAGACCAACAUCGAGUACGGCACCAUCCACGCCGGCUCCACCAUGACCUUCUUCCAGAACUCCCGGUACCAGACCUACCAGCGGAUGUGGAAUUACAUGCACUCCAAGCAGCCCAGCGUGUUCGUGAAGAGCACGGAGGAGGGAAUCGCCCGGGUGCUGAACUCCAGAUACGCCUUCCUGCUGGAGUCCACCAUGAACGAGUAUCACCGGCGCCGGAACUGCAACCUCACCCAGAUCGGGGGGCUGCUGGACACCAAAGGCUACGGGAUCGGCCUGCCGCUGGCGGUAGCCGGUGGGUCGGCUCCGGUGCCGCCCGGAGCAGCGCCCCCCGUGCCGGGAAAAGGGCCCCGCUGCCCCUCGGUCCCUUCUCGCCGCCCGGUUGCUGGGACGCUGGACGCCUCGUGCUUAGCAAGCGACGCCCCUGGGCGGAUCCGGCGCAGUCUGGGCUGGAGUUCGGAGCUGGAUCACGCCCGGGGCUGCGGGAUUCCCGACAGGGACCCACACGCCCACGGCGGCCUGGGACGCGGCCACGGUCCAGUGCCGGCUCCGUAA